AUGGCUUCAAUCUCAAGAGCAUGCCGGAUUCGUAACCCGGCCCUGUUCAUCUGCGACAUCCAAGAGAAAUUCCGCCCUGGCAUCUACGAAUUCCCCAAACUCGUAAACACAACAACCAAACUUCUCAAAGCCGCCACAACCCUUCAAACCCCUACCUACAUAACCACCCAAAAUCGCGCCCGCCUCGGCGACACAAUCACCGACCUCCAACCGCACCUCACGGGCCCGCAUAUCCGCGCCAACGUCGACAAAACGCUUUUCUCAAUGGUAACGCCCGAGAUCAUUCCCCUCCUUCCCAACGCUGGGAAAGGGGAGACGCCGCUCGAUGCGAUUAUCGUGGGGAUUGAGACGCAUGUGUGUGUUACGCAGACGGCGCUUGAUUUGCUGGAGCGCGGGCAUCGGGUUUAUGUUGUUGUUGAUGGGGUUAGUAGUAUGAAUGUUGAGGAGAGGGGGGUUGCGUUGGCGAGGUUGAGGGAUGCAGGGGUUGUGGUUACGACGAGUGAGGGGGUUAUUUUUGAGAUGUUGGGGGAUGCGAGUCGGGGGGAGUUUAAGGCGAUUAGUGGGUUGGUUAAGGAGUCCAAGGAGGAAACCAAGGGGGCGUUGGGGGCUUUGGCGAAGAUGUGA